ACGUGUAUUUGUAUACAUGUCAAAGAAAUGUCGAUAAUUUAAAUUUUAUUUAUUACCUUUUUAUCUGUUUGUGCCAUGGAAUACUUCCGUAGUGGCUUAAAAUCGGUUUUAGGCGCUCCAGCGCCUGGAACUCAACCUACAGGAGCUGAAACUGUGGAGAGACUUGUUAGCAGAGUCAGUACAUCAACAUUGCUAGAAGAUCGUAGAGAUGCUUGCCGCGCCCUUAAAGCGUUAUCGCGAAAGUACCGUCUUGAAGUGGGGGCACAAGGUAUGGAUGUAUUACGACAAGUCCUAGAAUUGGAUCGAUCAGACUGUGAAAUAAUUGGUUAUUGCUUGGAUACCUUGUGCAACAUUACUUCUAAAGAAGUUUUUGAAGAGGAAAAUGAGUCUAAUAUUAAUAUAAAAGUGAACGUCGGUGAACAGUUUACAGAGAUGUUUAUAAAAAAUACUGAGAAUGUUACUUUGGUUCUAAGUUUUCUCGAAGAGUAUGAUUUUCGAGUAAGGUGGCCCGCUGUUAAAUUGUUGACUUCAUUACUAGCUAGUAAGCCUAAAGAAAUACAAGACAUAAUUUUAGUGAGCCCCAUGGGGGUCUCGAAACUUAUGGAUUUGUUAGUAGAGAGUCGUGAGGUGAUCAGAAAUGAUGCUCUUUUGUUGUUGAUCAAUUUGACUAAAUCUAAUGCCAACAUUCAGAAAAUCGUAGCAUUUGAAAACGCGUUUGAUCGUCUGUUUGAUGUUAUCAAAGAAGAGGGGUUUACUGAUGGCGGCAUAGUUGUUGAAGAUUGCAUGCUGUUGAUGCUGAAUUUAUUGAAAAAUAACACAAGCAACAUAAAUUUUUUCAAAGAAGGUUCGUAUGUUCAGAAAUUGGCACCAAUGUUCAUCCUCCCAGAAAAUAUUGAGGAAAUUGGGUGGAGUCCCCAAAAGGUUUCAAAUAUGCACUGUGUUCUUCAGCUAGUCCGUACGUUGGUAUCUCCAAAUAAUCCUGUUCAGAUAGUAACUUCAUGCCAAAAAACCAUGAGAAAUGCGAAUUUAUUGGAAGCUUUGUGCAAUAUUUUAAUGGCUAGUGGGGUUCCUGUUGACAUUUUAACAGAAACAAUUAAUACAGUAGGGGAAGUAAUUCGUGGGAAUUUGACAAACCAGGAGUAUUUUGCGAACGUCAUGGCACCUUCCAAUCCUCCAAGACCAGCAAUUGUGGUUUUACUGAUGUCAAUGGUAAAUGAAAAACAACCAUUUUCACUCAGAUGCGCUGUUUUAUAUUGCUUUCAAUGUUUUUUGUUUAAAAAUGAAAUUGGACAGGAGCAAGUGGUGCAGACUUUAUUGCCCAGUUCUACAAAUUCUACACUGACGACAGGCCAACUUCUAUGUGGUGGUCUAUUUAGCAGUGACUCGCUAAGUAACUGGUUUUCAUCUGUUGCUCUUUCUCACACUUUGAUAGAAAAUCCUGCACAAAGAGAGCAGUUAUUAAGAGUAUUACUUUCAACAAAUUUAGGCACCCAACCUGUUAGUUUACUUCAUCAGUGUGCAGUAUAUUUGCAACAGACUUCAAAAUUGCAAGCCAAAAUCGGAAUUUUAAUGCUACUCGCCAUGUGGAUGAGUCACUGCCCUCAAGCUGUUCAAGUCUUUCUUAACGUUCCUGGAGCAAUGGCAUUUUUAACAGCGCAAACCAGUGCAAGUGAAUAUGAUAACAAUGAAGAAAUAUUACAAGGAUUAUGUGCCUUUCUUAUGGGUUUAUGUGUAGCUUUUAAUGAUAAUUCGGUUCAGAAUUAUUCUAAAGAAAAUUUGUCUCAAUUAAUUGAGAAGAGAGUGGGAACAGAGACCUAUUGUAAAAAAUUAGGAGAGAUUUCCAGACAUGAAGUUUAUGCAAAAGCGGCAAAACAACCCCAAAUCAGAGCCAAACAUUCCAGUGAAUUACUACUAGAAUUUGAAUUUUGUAAAUUGUUCAAGGCUUUGGAACCAGUUAUUAUAAAGGCACUGGGUGUGCAGAGGGAUUUAUCAAAUGGCAUGUCAGAGCUUAGUUUGAGUGAACAUGAAAAUGCUUUACUGCUGCAGUAUAAAGAAUUGAUUAGGGAUCAAGAUAAAAAAUUGCAAGAUUUGCAGAAGAACAUUAAUAACCUGCACAGGGAAAAUCAGGAUUUGAAGGCACAGAUUGAGGAACUUCGCCAAACUAAUUCACAACUUCAUGAUCAAAACACGCUAUUGAAAGCACAGAUGCAGUUAUCCGCGGGUACAGCUCCACUAACUGAAUCACCAGAUAAAGUUAAACAGCUCGAAGCUGAAUUACUUGACAAGGAUGCAGAAUUGGAGAGGAUAAGAAAAGAUCAAGAUGAUUUAUUAGAAUUAUUGACAGAUCAAGACACUAAAUUAAAUGCAUUUAAGAAUAGGCUAAAGGAGUUGGGUGAAACCAUUGAAGAUGCUGAUUCUGAGGAUAAUAAUUCGCUUGGUUCGGAUAAUGAAAUGUAAAUAUUUAAACUGCACUUAUUUAUUAAGAUAUAAAAAGAAUUGCAUUGGUA